AUGGAGCUUCAGUUGGCGGAUCACUCUUGUAGAUAUGCAAUGGGUAUCAAUGAAGAUGAUCUAGUAGAAGUAGGAAACUUUAUUUUCCCUACAAACUUUGUGGUAUUAGACAUGGAAGAGAACCCAAAGAUUUCUAUUAUUCUUGGAAGGUCUUUCCUCGCUAUAGCGGAAGCAAUUAUAGAUGUUAAAAAUCACAAACUUUCAUUGGUGAUUGGCGAGAAGAAACUAAAGUUUGAUUUAUCUAAGGCCACUAAUUCUCUUCUAGCAAUAAAAGUGUUUGUUAUAGAUCUCUACUCCUCUCCUCUUCUUUUCCUCUUAUCCAGUGAUGGCAAGCUAGAGAUAGUGGUACCAUCAUUUGUCUAUUACCUCGAAGUAUUGGAGGGUUCUGAUGGUGAUAAAAUGCCAGGAUGGCCUGCUUUUCACCAAUCGACAGUCCAUUCCAGCCCUCUCUUAUAUGAUAUAGACAAGGAUGGUACAAGAGAAAUAGCGUUAGCUACCUAUGAUGGAGUUGUAAAUUUUUUCAGGGUCUCUGGCUAUCUGAUGAUGGAUAAACUAGAAGUACCUCGUAGAAAGGUUCGUAAAAAUUGGUAUGCUGGCUUGGAUCCAGAUCCAGUGGAUCGUUCACAUCCAGAUGUCCAUGAUGAUUCAAUUUCCAAGGAGGCUUCUACUAAGAACUCAAUAUCUCAUAUAAAUGGGAGCAUGAAUGGGUCAAAUAAUUAUGAUUCUACAAACAUUGUGAACAACCUCUCAAUGAAUACAUCUAAGCUUGAGGACAGAGGAAAACUUGAUUUUGCCCAAACUAGUCAAUAUAAUGGAGUGUCAAGCAAUCUUAAUGACACAAUCAAAAGGGACGCUUCAUUGGAAAAUGGUACAGAGGAAAAUCAAACACAAACGCAAAGAAGGCUUCUUGAAGAAAUUGAUAAUCAAGGGGCCCACGAUGGGCAUUCGAAAGACCAUAACACUGGUGAUGGAGUGCAAGGAGCAACUGUGGAAAAUGACCAAGAACUGGAAGAAGAAGCUGAUUCAUCUUUUGAUUUCUUUAGAGAUACAGAUGAGUUAGUUGAUGAGUAUAAUUAUGACUAUGAUGAUUAUAUUGAUGAAUCAAUGUGGGGGGAUGAAAAUUGGAUAGAAGAGAGCCAUGAGACAGCAGAAGAUUAUGUUAGCAUAGAUUCACACAUACUUUGCACUCUAGUAAUUGCUGACAUAGAUAAUGAUGGUACUAAAGAAAUGGUUGUGGUUGUUUCAUACUUCUUUGACCACAAGUAUUAUGAUAAUCCAGAGCAUUCAGCUAAGUUAGGGGGUAUCAACAUUGAAAAAUAUGUAGCAAGUGGGAUUGUAGUUUUCAACCUUGAUACAAAGCAAGUCAAAUGGAUUCAAGAUCUUGAUUUAAGUGUCGAUUCGGGGAAUUUCCGUGCAUAUGUUUAUUCUUCUCCUACUGUGGUUGACUUGGAUGGUGAUGGAAAAUUGGACAUUCUUGUUGGCACUUCCUAUGGCUUGUUUUAUAUUUUGGAUCAUCAUGGCCAAGUGAGAAACAAAUUUUCUCUUGAGAUGGCUGAGAUUCAAGCACCAGCUGUGGCAGCUGAUAUUAAUGAAAUAGUGACAGUUGACACUCAUGGAAAUGUUGCAACAUGGACUGCACAAGGAGAAGAAAUUUGGGAAGUGCAUCUUAAGAGUCUAAUACCGCAGGUGAUCUUACCUGUACUUGUGCAUAUUUAUGCUGGAUUUGAUUGUAUAUACUCCAUGUAG